GUUCAAACACAGUGACCACCUAAACUUCCGUUACAGCUCAGACAGUUGCAGCAUUACACUCCUCCCGAGCUGCGCUCUCAACAAGCAAGCAAGCGUCUAGUUGUCUGAACGGACUGAAAAUGUUGUCUUACAUCAUCGGGCUGAUCCGAGGCGGCUUUGACAGCAUCAUCAACCUCAUCUUCAGGCUGCUGUUCUCCAAGAAGAGACCUGCCAUCACCUUGGAGGACCCCAGCAUCAAAUAUGCGCUCAGGUUAAUCGACAAACAGAUUGUGAGUCAUGACACCAGGAAGUUCCGCUUUGCCCUGCCUUCUCCUGAACACGUCCUCGGCCUGCCUAUUGGGCAGCACAUCUAUCUGUCCGCUAAAAUAAACGGGCAGCUCGUCGUCCGCCCGUACACACCCGUCUCCAGCGAUGAUGACAAAGGCUUUGUGGACCUGGUGGUGAAGAUUUAUUUCAAAAAUGUUCAUCCUAAAUUCCCAGAAGGUGGGAAGAUGAGUCAGUAUUUGGAGAGCCUCAAGCUCGGCGACACAAUUGACUUCAGAGGACCCAGCGGUCUUCUCACCUACGAAGGCAAAGGUGAGAGCUUAAUUUUCACCUUUAGAAAAAAUGAAAAAGGGUUUGAGUUUCCCAUCUUCUUUUUUUUUUUAUAAUAAACUGGUGAGGCA